UCGAUCGAACGCAGCAGUCGAUCCCCGAGCAGAGAGCCUAGCUGACGGUAAACCCUACAGCAGGGUCCCACCCGGAGCUUACAGCCAUGGUCUUCGAGUCUCUGGUCAGCGACCUGCUCAACAAGUUCAUCGGAGACUACGUGGAGAACCUGGACAAGUCCCAGCUCAAGAUCGGGAUCUGGGGGGGAAAUGUAGUUCUGGAGAACCUGAAGGUGAAGGAGAAUGCGCUGGUGAGUCUAAGCCCCGCCCCCUCUGGUUUAGGGUUAUGCGCUGGGAAGCUGACGUUGAAGAUUCCCUGGAAGAAUCUGUAUAACGAUGCCGUGGUCGCCACGCUGGACGGCCUGUACCUGCUGGUCGUCCCCGGAGCCACGAUAAAGUACGAUGCAGCGAAGGAGGAGCGCUUCCAGCAGGAGGCCAAGCAGAGGGAGCUGCAGCGCAUCGAGGAGGCUCUGCAGACAGCUGCACGGAGAGCGUCUCAAACUGGAGAUCUGCUGUUCAGCCUGGAGAGUGUUGUUUACAAGGAGCCUCCCAACGUCUCCAAAGGAAGUAAAAAACACAAAAAGUCUAAAAAAGGUUUGAAGAAGCUGAAACGCCACGACAACAAAGCAGAGAAGCCAGCGGAGGAGAAGAAGGACACAUUUGUGGAGAAACUGGCGACUCAGGUGAUAAAAAACCUGCAGGUGAAGAUCAGCAGCAUCCACCUGCGCUACGAGGACGACCUUUUAGACCCACAGCGCCCCCUAUCUAUGGGAGUCACACUGUCAGAGCUCAGCCUGCAGACCACUGAUGAAAACUGGAAGUCGUGCAUCCUGAACGAAGCAGCGAAGAUCAUCUAUAAGCUCGGGCGUCUGGAGUGUCUCUGCGCCUACUGGAACGUCAACAGUCCCAUCUUUUACAAAGGCUCAUGGGAAAACAUCGUGGAUCAGCUGAAGUCUGGGAUCAGCAGCAGAGAUCAGGAGAUCCCUCACUAUCAGUACAUCUUCAAGCCGAUCUUCGCCUCGGCCAGAAUGUGCAUCAACCCCACGGCUGAUCUGGAGCUCAAGAGUCCCAAAGCUAAGCUUCACCUGGAGGUCCAGAACAUCAGCAUAGAGAUCACCAAACCACAGUACCUGAGCCUAGUGGAGCUGCUUGAGGCCGUGGAUUGUAUGGUGAAGAACGCCCCCUACAGGAAGUUCAGACCGGACGUCCCCGUCCACGGCAACGCCAAACUCUGGUGGAGGUACGGCUUUAACAGUGUCCUGGAGGUGCAGGUCCGGCGGUACAGCCAGAUGUGGUGCUGGUCCAACAUCAGGCAGCACCGAGAGAACCUGAAGGCCUACAGGACGGCCUACAGGGACAAACUGCUGAGUCACAACAAGCCCAGCCCCGACACGGAGAAACACAUCCAGGACCUGGAGAAAGUUCUGGACGUGUUCAGCAUCACUCUGACACGCCAGCAGGCCCAGAUGGAGGUGAUCAGAUCGGGACAGAAGGUGGUGAAGAAGAAGGCAGCGGUGCAGAAACAGGGAGGAGGAGGAUUCUUCAGCGGCUUCUUUGGUAAAAAGACCAAGAAGGAGGAGCAGGAGCCGGAGGAGAACCAGGAGACAGAGAGUUCAGGGUUGGACGAUCUGAUGACGGCUGCGGAGAAAGAGAAACUCUACACGGCCAUCGGCUACAGCGGCAGCUCGCACAACCUCACUCUGCCCAAACAGUACGUGGCGGUAGUGGUUACCUUCCAGCUCUGCAGGACCUCGGUGACGGUCAGAGAGCAGCAGGAUGUCCCGGAGAUCCUGAAGAUCCAGAUGAUCGACCUGAGCACCAAAAUCUCUCAGAGACCCGGAGCGCAGGCCGUCAGGGUGGAGGUGGCGUUGGAGCACUGGUUCGUUACAGGGCUACAGCAGCAGGGGGGGGCUGUGCCAUCCCUCAUCGCCUCUCUCGGAGACUCUUCUUCUUCUCUGCUCAGCGUGGUGUUCGAGCUGAACCCCGAGGAGAGCGCCGCCGACCAGCUGCUCAGAGUCCACUCCCAGCCCGUUGAGAUCGUCUACGACGCGCUGACGGUGAACGGCAUGGCCGACUUCUUUCAGACGGGGAAAGGGUUGGAUCUGGAGGUCCUGACGUCGGCCACGCUCUCCAAACUGGAGGAGUUCAAAGAGAAAACUGCCACAGGUUUGUCUCGCAUCAUUGAGACUAGGAAGGUUUUGGACCUGAGGAUCGAUCUGAAGCCGUCCUACCUGCUCAUCCCAAAGUCUGGUUUCUAUAGCAACACGUCGGACCUCAUCAUCGUGGACUUUGGUAGCUUACAGUUGAACAGUGUGGAGCAGAGCGGUGCGUCUUCGCCCUCCUCCUCUCUGGAGGAAAUCAUGGAUCGAGCCUACGAGAGAUACAACGUGGAGCUACGACGAGUUCAGGUGCUCUACAGCAAAUCAGGUGAGGGCUGGAAGUCUGCUCGGCUGCAGGGUUCGUCCGUCCAGCACAUCCUCCAGCCUAUGGACUUCACCGUGCAGCUGGCUAAAUGUAUGGUGGAGAAGGACGCCCGCAUGCCCAGGUUCAAGGUGUCGGGGGAGCUGCCGCUGCUCUACGUUAAGAUCUCGGACCAGAAGAUCCACAGCGUUCUAGAUCUGGUCGACAGCAUCCCACUGCCAAACAUGGGCUCCCCCCCCUCUACCCCCACAGAGAAGGUGCGAUCAUUUCCGGGAGCCAGACCGCGCCCCCUCAGCCUUAGCCCCGCCCCCUUCCUUGACACCAUGGAAACAGAUUCAGAAGAAGAUGUCAGUGAGAAGUCUCCAGAUGAGGAUCAGCAGCGCUCGGCGCUUGAGGAACUCACCGACCUUCACUUCAAGUUGGAGGUCAAAGAGGUGCUGCUGGAGCUGACCCGGCAGGCGGACCUGGAGAAGACGGUUCUGUCUCUCAGCAUCUGUCAGCUGGGAGCUGAAGGGAAGAGGCGGAGCUUCGACCUGAACGUCGCCGCGUACCUGCGCAGAGUCACGCUCGACUACUGCGACGUCCCAGAUGGGAAGAAUCUGCACCUGAUGAGCUGCUCGGAGCAGCAGUGCUCCGACCUGCUGAAAGUGGACUUCAUCAAGGCCGACCCCAGCGGACCGAGCUUCCAGACUAUAUUCAACAACACGGAGCAAACUCUGAAGGUGGCGUUUUCCUCUCUGGACUUCCUCCUUCACACCAAAGCUCUGCUGUCGACCAUCAGCUACCUGAGCGGUGCGGUGCCGCCACAGCUCACUGCUGCCAGCGACCGAGACAGCAGACGACAGGUGGAGAAGGCGGGGCCGGGCAGGACAGUGUCUAAAGGAGCCAAAGAUGGCGGCGUGUUCAGCUUCAAGAUGUUCGCCGUGUUGGGCUGUUUCCAUGUGGAGGUUUGUGAUGAUUGCUGCAGCAUCGCCGACAUCAGAGUCCAAGGGAUUGAUGCGUCUGUGUUGGUGCAGGCCAAGGAGACCGAGGUGUUUGCUCGCCUCCGAGACAUCGUGGUCACAGACGUCCACCCCAAAACCGUCCACAGAAAGGCGGUGUCAAUCGUGGGCGAGGAGGUGUUCAGCUUCAAACUCUCGUUGUUUCCGGGGGCGACGCUGGGCGACGGUUACAGCAACACAUCCAGGACGGACGGGAAGCUGACGCUGCGUCUGGGAUGCAUCCAGAUCGUCUACCUGCACAAGUUCCUCAUGUCACUGCUGGCUUCUUUUAGCUUUCAGUCUGCUGAUGAGAUGUUCAUUGAUAACUUCCAGACGGCUAAAGAAGCUCUGAGUGCGGCGACGGCUCAGGCGGCCGAGAAGGCGGCGUCCAGCGUGCGUGGUUUCGCCCAGAAGAGUUUCCGUCUGUCCAUGGACAUCAGGCUGAAAGCUCCGCUCAUCAUCAUCCCCCAGUCCUCCAGCUCCCAGAAUGCACUUGUGAUGGACCUGGGUCUGAUCACGGUGGGGAACAGCUUCUCUCUGCUGCCGGCUGAAGGCUUCUCUCUGCCCGUCGUGGUGGACAAGAUGGACGUCAAGCUGACUCAGCUCAAACUCUCCAGGACCACGCUGACUCCGCGGGACUCCUCCCACCUCAACAUCGAGAUCCUGCAGCCAAUCAACUUGGAGCUUUCUGUCACCAGGAACCUGUCUACUUCCUGGUUCACCAGUAUCCCCGGAGUCCAGGUCCAGGGAGAGCUGCGCUCCCUUAAUAUAAGUCUGGGCGAGGAAGACCUUGCGGUGCUGAUGAAGAUCCUGGUGGAGAACAUCGGGGAGGGAAGCAGAGAGCUCAGCAGGGAUGUCACGAAACACACCGCUCAAGAGAAGCAGCAGGUGGAGGUGUUACCUGGCGGAGAGUCGGCCUCCACUAACGGACCUCCGACCGAAAACACCGUCAAUGUUCUGCUCCACUUUGCAAUCAAAGAGGUGUUGCUGACCCUGAAGAAGCCCAGAGAGAAGAGCGAGUUUCCGUUCCUCGUCUUUCAGGUCGCUCACCUCGGCAUCAACACGGAGGUGAAGAAGUACGACACGAUCGCCACCACGUUCAUCGACAAGAUCACCAUGAAGUGCCUGGAGUUCAAAGACUUGAGUGGCGAGCCGCUGUGUCUCAUCAGCUCGUCUGUGGAGUCCGGAGCUGAACUGCUCAAAGUGCAGUACUUCAAGGCCGACCGCUCGGCGCCCGACUUCUCCACCGCCUACAACAACACGGAGCAAAUGAUCAACCUUAUGGGUUGGUUCGCUUUCCGGCAAUUUUGUGGCUUUUAUAUGAAUUUUUUUGUGUGUUUUUGUCGCUUUUUACAACCAUGUUUUCUGUCCUGCAGGGUUUGUGAUGCUUGUGUCUGCCCUGUUUUCUGUCCUGCAGGGUUUCAUGGCUCUCUGCUGAUGCAGGGACCCCAGACUCACAUCUCUGCCCGCCUCAGAGACUUCAUCGUUCUCAACGUCGAUCCCAAAAGCAUCCACAAGAAGGCGAUCUCCAUCGUGGGUGACGAGGUGUUCAGCUUCUCCAUGAGUCUGACUCCCAACGCCACAGACGGCGCCGGCUACGCCGACACGUCUAAAACUGACGGCCGAGUGAAGCUGAACGUGGGCUGCAUCCAGGUGGUCUACCUGCACAAGUUCAUCAUGUCUCUGCUGAACUUUACCAACAACUUCCAGACGGCUAAAGAAGCUCUGAGCGCGGCGACGGCUCAGGCGGCCGAGAAGGCGGCGUCCAGCGUGCGUGACUUCGCCCAGAAGAGUUUCCGUCUCUCCAUGGACAUCAGGCUGAAAGCUCCGCUCAUCAUCAUCCCCCAGUCAUCCAGCUCCCAGAAUGCACUUGUGAUGGACCUGGGUCUGAUCACAGUGGGAAACAGCUUCUCUCUGCUGACUGUCGACGGAUGCCCGCUGCCAGCCGUCAUCGACAACAUGGAUGUCCAGCUGACGCAGCUCAAACUCUCCAGGACCUGUCUGGACCCGGGCUCGGAGCGGCCCGGCACCGAGCUGCUGGAACCGGUCAACCUGCAGCUCAACAUCAGGAGGAACCUGGCAGCUUCCUGGUACAAGAGGAUGGUCGCCGUGGAGAUCAACGGAGAUCUGAAGCCCAUGAAGGUGGAGCUGAGUCAGGAUGACCUGGCCGUGCUGCUGAGGAUCCUGACGGAGAAUCUGGGCGAGGCCGGUGGUCUGGACCCCCCCGCCCCGAGACAGGACUUCGCUCUGCAGCUCCGAGUGGCCGGAGCCCCCCCCACAGGCGAUGGUGGGAAACCUGCAGUGAGCAGUGAUGAAGACGAGGAGGAAGCUCUGGUCACGAUGCAGUUUAACUUCAACAUCAAGUCUCUGGCUCUGGUUCUGUACAGCAACGACCCCAAACAGGUCCAGCCUGUUCUGCAGGGUUCUCUUACAGAUCUCCAGCACCAGCAGAACCUCCGUCUGGGAGAGUUGGCGCUCCAUCAGCUGAAGACUUCGGGGAAGAUCCUGACAGAUGGUAGCGUGGAGGUAACCACCGUCCUCAGCGGCUGCACGCUGGACGACCUGAGGACCGACAUGGAGCGGGUCACCUCCCGGAUGGUGGGUCGACGAGACGAGGAAUCCCCCGAGGCGAUGAUCGAUGUGACGUACCGUCAGAGCGCUGAAGAGCGGGAUGUGGUGGCCAUCCUGCAGAAACUCUACCUGUGUGCCAGCGUGGAGUUCCUGAUGGCUGUGGCCGACUUCUUCCUGCAGGCCCUGCCGCAGAGUCCGACCGCCACAGCCGGCUCGGCAGCAAGCGACAGACUGCCGCUGAGACAGACCGCCGAGCCUCGAGCCAACGCCAAGCCCGGGGCACCUUUAAUGCGGACCCGUCUGCGGGCGGUGGUUUUGGACCCGGAGGUUGUGUUCGUGGCGAGCCUGAUGAAGGCCGAUGCCCCCGCCCUCACCGCUUCCUUCCAGUGUGACGUCUCGCUGCAGAACGAGCCGGACGGCAGCCAGAACAUGAGAGCCAACCUGAGGGAGUUAAAGGUCCUCGCCUGCCGCUUCAUCCGGAACAAGGAGGACGAUGCUUUCACCACCGUGUUGAGACCCUGCUCGGUCACCAUGGAGACCAGAACCCACCCCAACCAACCACUGAGCGGCUGUGUGACGGUAGAGGAAGUCAUCGUCAAGAUCUCUCCGUUCAUCCUCAACACCGUGAUGACGAUAACGGCCGCUAUGACGGCGAAGCAUCGAGACGAGCAGAGUAAGGAGCCGAAGACGGACGUCCGCGACCUCUGGUCCGUCAUGAACAUCUACGGCUGCAACUAUUGGUUCCUGGGAGUGGACCCGGCCGCCGAGGUCACCGAGAGCUUCAGAGAGCCGGACGGGCGUAGCGAGGGCGAGAGAUUCACCGCCGAGGUCAAGGUGGUCCAGGUGACUCUGGAGUCCGGUUUGGGUCACCGGACCGUCCCACUGCUGCUCGCCGAGUCCGCCUUCAAAGGAUCGGCCAAAAACUGGUCGUCUCUGCUGCAGCUCAGAGCCGACAUGUCCCUGGAGGUGAACUACUUUAAUGAGAUCCACGCGGUGUGGGAGCCGCUGAUCGAACGGGUCGAUGCCGGCAAACGCAGAUGGAACCUGGAGCUUGAGAUGAAGAACAACCCGGUCAUGGACAGAAGUCCCGUUCACGGAGACGACUUUGUGAUUCUGCCUGAACCUUGCACGGCCGUCAGCAUCUGCUCCAAAGACACCAUGAACAUCACCGUGUCCCAGUGCAGCCUCAGCGUCCUGCACAACCUCGCCAAGGCGUUCUCCGAGGGAACAGCCUCCACCUUUGACUCGUCUCUAAAAGAGAAAGCCCCGUUCACCAUCCGGAACUGUCUGGGGCUCCCGGUGACGGUGCAGCACGGCGCCAACCUGUGCCCGGUGGCCCCUCCGGCGCAGGACUCGCUCCUCCAGCUCCCGGCGGGACAGAGCGUGGACCUGCAGCAUUCAGCGUACGAACCGGCGUCCCGGGGAAAACUGUCCGCUCUGCAGCGCCAGGAGAGCUGCCUGUUCAACCUCACCAUCGUUCCCUCUGGCUACAGCGAGAUCUCCAACAUGGCCGUGGACAAACCAGGUCGUCUUCUCUACAACGUCCGCAGCCCUCUGCAGCAGGACGCUGUUUCUGUCCUGCUGCAGAUCGACGCCGCAGACGGAAACAAAGUCAUCACCGUCCGCUCGCCGCUGCAGAUCAAGAAUCACUUCUCGGUGCCAUUCACCGUGCUAAAGUACUGUCCCGUGUCCCGGAGUCUGCAGAGUGUGGGACAGGCCGAGCCGGAAACCGAGUUUCACAUCGCCUUGGAAACAUACAGAUGCCAGCUGUUUGUGCGUCCGGCGGGCCAUCUGGACGGGCAGUAUGGUGCCUCAUCGUCCUGCGUGGCGUGGAAGGAGCAGGUGCACCGCAGCUCGGAGGUGCAUUCGUUGCUGCAGUGUCCUGCGAGCACCGGCGGCCUGCUGCCACUGACAGUCAGCACGCUGGCCGUCCCCGACAACCUGCGACACAUCGCCAGCCACGGCGAGGAGGACUGGGACCCUGCUUACAUCAUCCACCUGCACCCUGUGGCCACGCUGAGAAACCUGCUGCCCUACGCCGUCCGCUACAUGAUGGAGAACUCAGCAGACUCGUACGAUCUUCAGGAAGGCAGCACGUCGGACCUUCUGAACGCUCGCGUCUCUGGCGAGAUUGUGUCGCUGGCCCUGAUAAAGUACCAGGGCCGCGACUGGCAGGGACACCUCCGUAUCCAACAGGAAAUGCCCGAGUUCCUGUCUUUGUGUCUGGUCUGUGACUCGGACGACAGCAUGACGCUGGACCUGAACGUCCACGUAGCAAAGACUGCAAGCCACCUGCUGCUGUCGCUCUUCAGCCCGUACUGGAUCAUCAACAAGACGUCCCGCGUGCUGCAGUACCGAGCCGAGGACGUAAGCCUCAAACACCCCGCUGAUUACCGGGACAUCGUCCUCUUCUCCUUCAGGAAGAAGAACCUCUUCAGCAAGAACAAGCUCCAGCUGUGUGUGUCCACCAGCUACUGGUCUGAUGGUUUCUCUCUGGACACCGUGGGAAGUUACGGCUGCGUUCGAUGUCCCGCCAACAACAUGGACUUCCUGGUGGGCGUUAGUAUCCAGAUGAGCAGUUUUAACCUGACCAGGAUCGUCACCAUGAGUCCUUUCUACACUCUGGUUAACAAGUCAUCGUACGAGCUGGAGGUGGGAGAAGUCAGCAGUCAGAUCUCCACCAGGUGGCACUACAUCUCCUCUACUGAGUGCCUCCCUCUCUGGCCGGACAACAGUUCUGGGAAAUUGUGUGUACGUGUGGUCGGAUCUGAAUCCUCCUCCAAGACCUUCUUCUUUAACCGGCAGGACAACGGCACGCUGUUGAGCCUCGACAUGUGCGGGGGGAUCAUCGUGGAGGUUAACAUCUCUGAUCUCUCGACCAUCAUCAGCUUCACUGAUUACUACGAAGGAGCAGCUCCGGCCCUGCUUGUCAACCACACGCCCUGGGUCACUAUCCGCUACAGACAGAGUGGCUCGGCGAUGGAUCACCAGCUGAAACCCGCCGAGGCCCGGCGGUUUGCGUGGGACGACCCGGCCGGCGUCCGGACGCUCAGCUGGAGCUGCAUAGAACAUUCUGGAGAGCUGGACCUGCUGAAGGACGAGGUGGGUCAGUUCUCUUACGACAGCCUGUCCCAGGUGCACUGGGUGUCCUUCCUGGACGGACGCCAGCGGGUGUUGCUGUUCACGGAGGACGUUGCUGUGGUGACAAAGGCUCGGCAGGCGGAGGAGCUGGAACAGUUUCAACAGGAAGUCAAGGUGUCUCUGCAACACCUGGGACUGUCCCUGGUCAACAACGCCAACCGUCAGGAGAUCGCUUACAUCGGCAUCCCCAGUUCAGGGGUAGUUUGGGAAAUGAAGCCAAAGAACCGCUGGAAGCCAUUCAGUCAGAAGAACAUCAACCUGCUGGAGAAAACCUACCAGAGUCAGCAGAGAGGGGAGAGUGAGGGAGGCUGGGUCAGACUGGAGACCAGUCUGGAGGUGAACCUGAGCGGCGCCAUCAUGAUGAUGCGUCAGCCCUUUUCCUGUCCGGUGAGGAGGAACUUCCUGUCUGGGAUCCAGGUGGAGUUCAAACAGUCGGCGCACCAGCGCUGCGUGCGGGCCCAGCUGCACUGGCUGCAGGUGGAUAACCAGCUGCCUGGAGCGAUCUUCCCGAUCGUUUUCCAUCCUGUUCCUCCUCCCAAAUCCAUCGCUCUGGACUCAGAGCCGAAGCCGUUCAUCGACGUGUCUGUCAUAACCCGCUUCAACCGCCACAGCAGCGUCAUGCAGUUCAAGUACUUCAUGGCUCUGGUUCAGGAGAUGGCGGUGAAGAUCGAUCAGGGUUUCCUGGCGGCCAUCUUGGCUCUGUUCACCCCAGCUGCUGAUCUGCAGACCGACAGACAGAAGUCCCAGCUGCUGGAGAGAGAUCUGCAGCUGCUCCAGACGGAGCUGAUGGAGGCGUCUCUCAGCGACUCGUCUGGACUCAGCUUCUUCCAACAUUUCCACAUCUCUCCCAUCAAGCUCCACCUGAGUCUGUCUCUGGGCUCCAGUGGCGGUGAGGAUUCGGCAGCAGAGACGGCGGCGCUGCAGUCUCUCAACCUGCUGCUGAAGAGUAUCGGAGCCACGCUGACCGACGUCGACGACCUCAUCUUCAAACUGGCUUUCUUCGAGGUGAGGUACCAGUUCUACCGCAGAGACAAGCUGAUGAGGGCGGUGGUCCGACACUACUCCGAACAGUUCCUGAAGCAGAUGUAUGUUCUGGUUCUGGGUCUGGACGUCCUGGGAAACCCUUUUGGACUGAUCCGAGGUCUAUCAGAGGGAGUGGAGGCUUUCUUCUACGAACCUUUCCAGGGAGCUGUUCAGGGUCCGGAGGAGUUUGCUGAAGGUUUCGUGAUCGGAGUCCGCAGCCUACUGGGUCACACUGUCGGCGGUGCUGCUGGCAUGGUGUCCCGGAUCACGGGCUCGGUGGGGAAAGGUCUGGCAGCCAUCACCAUGGACAAAGACUUCCAGCAGAAACGGCGAGAGGAGAUGAACCGGCCGCCCAGAGACUUUGGAGAGAGUCUGGCUAAAGGAGGAAAAGGACUGCUGAAGGGAGUCAUGGGCGGAGUCACCGGCAUCGUCACCAAACCGGUGGAGGGAGCCAUGAAGGAGGGCGCCGCUGGUUUCUUUAAAGGCAUCGGGAAAGGUUUGGUGGGCGUGGUGGCCCGGCCGACCGGCGGCAUCGUGGACAUGGCCAGCAGCACCUUCCAGGGCAUCCAGAGAGGCCAUGAAAGGGCGGCGGAGUCGACAGAGGAAGUGACCAAACUGCGUCCGGUGCGUCUGAUCCGAGAGGACGGGAUCAUCCGACCGUACGACCUGAGCGAGUCGCAGGGCUUCGACCUCUUCCAGCGGUCAGAGAUCAAACGGCUGGAAGGAGAAGUGUUCAGGGAUCACUGUCCAUAUCCAGGACACCGAAAGACCAACAUCAUCAUCACCAACAGGAGGGUGAUGUGCGUGAAGGAGAUUGACUUCGUCGGCCAUUUCAGCAGAGAGUGGGAGUGUUUGUUUGAGAACUUCUACCGACCUCCAGCGGUGGUGGGAACGGACCUGCUGAUCUACUGCAAGGAGCAGCAGAAGUUGAAGUUUCCAAAGAGAGACGGUCAGGAGCCGGUGAGGAACAUUCAGCUCAGAGACCCAAACACUGCUCAGAGGCUGCAAGCAGCCAUCUCCGACGCUCAGAUGGCGCAGCAGCAGCACCACAUGGCGAGGCAGAAGUCCCAGCGCUUCCUCAAACCAAACUACAAACAGUGAUGUCACUUCCUGCCCAGGAGUGAUCGACUCUGUCGUACUGUUGCUUUAAGACACAUAACCCUGUAGAGACGUGGCUUAAAACAUAAAUAUAUAAAUAUAUCAUCCAUAGAGAGGUCCACCCUGGGACUUUAUUUCAGUAAAAUUGUGUCCGGUAGUGAAUGGGGAGAGACACGUACUGAGACUUUCUUCACCUGAUAAAUAAUCUUUUAAACUGACAACCAUCAGAUGUGUAAUUCAUGGCUCAGUUCAAACAGGAUGUAAACUUUAUUCGUCUCUCCCCGUUCACUACCGGACACGUUUUACUGAAAUAAAGUCCCAUGGUGGACACAGAAAGGGGGUGGGAUUUACACACAGGAAGGGGCGGGACUUCCCCUAUCUGUAAUCUCAGAAACACUGUCCAAAGAGCUGAGGGUUUGAUUCCCAGCUGACUCUUAUUUUGAAUGAUGCUGUGAGGCAUUCUGGGUAAAAACCCUUCAACAAAUGAAGUCAUGUGAUUGUUAUUAAAUUAUUUUUUACAAGAAACAAACGACUUCAUGUCGCUAAAGAAUGAAACAUAAAAUCAUCCUGAUUAUCAUGGAUAUAAAUGUCCUGACCAGUUCAGUUAUUUUAAAUUUUUUUUAUUUGAAGUACCCUCAGUUUGGGAUUCUUCUGUUUGUCUGUUGCACUGUGAGCACGUCGCACUGUGAGCACGUCGCACUGUAAACCCGUCGCACUGUGAACCCGUCGCACUGUGAGCACGUCGCACUGUGAGCACGUCGCACUGUGAGCACGUCGCACUGUGAGCACGUCGCACUGUGAGCACGUCGCACUGUGAGCACGUCGCACUGUGAACACGUUGCAAUGUUGAGCAUGUUGCACUGUGAGCAUGUUGCACUGUGAGCAUGUUGCACUGUAAACAUGUUGCACUGUGAGCAUGUUGCACUGUGAGCAUGUUGCACUGUAAACAUGUUGCACUGUGAGCAUGUUGCACUGUAAACAUGUUGCACUGUGAGCAUGUUGCACUGUGAGCAUGUUGCACUGUAAACAUGUUGCACUGUGAGCAUGUUGCACUGUGAGCAUGUUGCACUGUGAGCAUGUUGCACUGUGAGCAUGUUGCACUGUGAGCAUGUUGCACUGUGAGCAUGUUGCACUGUGAGCAUGUCGCACUGUGAGCAUGUCGCACUGUGAGCAUGUGGCACUGUGAGCAUGUUGCACUGUAAACAUGUUGCACUGUGAGCAUGUUGCACUGUGAGCAUGUUGCACUGUAAACAUGUUGCACUGUGAGCAUGUUGCACUGUGAGCAUGUUGCACUGUGAGCAUGUCGCACUGUGAGCAUGUCGCACUGUGAGCAUGUCGCACUGUGAGCACGUUGCACUGUAAACAUGUUGCACUGUGAGCAUGUCGCACUGUGAGCAUGUCGCACUGUGAGCAUGUCGCACUGUGAGCAUGUCGCACUGUGAGCACGUUGCACUGUGAACACGUUGCACUGUGAGCACGUUGCACUGUGAGCACGUUGCACUGUGAGCACGUUGCACUGUGAACACGCGUUACUGUGAGCACGUUGCACUGUGAACACGUUGCACUGUGAGCACGUUGCACUGUGAGCACGUUGCACUGUGAACACGUUGCAAUGUGAGCAUGUUGCACUGUGAACAUGUUGCACUGUGAGCAUGUUGCACUGUGAGCAUGUUGCACUGUAAACAUGUUGCACUGUGAGCAUGUUGCACUGUAAACAUGUUGCACUGUGAGCAUGUUGCACUGUGAGCAUGUUGCACUGUAAACAUGUUGCACUGUGAGCAUGUUGCACUGUGAGCAUGUUGCACUGUGAGCAUGUUGCACUGUGAGCAUGUUGCACUGUGAGCAUGUUGCACUGUGAGCAUGUCGCACUGUGAGCAUGUCGCACUGUGAGCAUGUGGCACUGUGAGCAUGUUGCACUGUAAACAUGUUGCACUGUGAGCAUGUUGCACUGUGAGCAUGUUGCACUGUAAACAUGUUGCACUGUGAGCAUGUUGCACUGUGAGCAUGUGGCACUGUGAGCAUGUUGCACUGUAAACAUGUUGCACUGUGAGCAUGUGGCACUGUGAGCAUGUUGCACUGUAAACAUGUUGCACUGUGAGCAUGUUGCACUGUGAGCAUGUUGCACUGUAAACAUGUUGCACUGUGAGCAUGUCGCACUGUGAGCAUGUCGCACUGUGAGCAUGUCGCACUGUGAGCAUGUCGCACUGUGAGCAUGUUGCACUGUGAGCAUGUUGCACUGUGAGCACGUUGCACUGUGAGCACGUUGCACUGUGAACACGUUGCACUGUGAGCACGUUGCACUGUGAGCACGUUGCACUGUGAACACGUUGCACUGUAAUUAUGUUGCACUUAACAAAUCUUUACAAUAACCAGGGUGUUGACGAAUGUUUGCGGUCGAUCUUUAGAAAAGUAAACGUGGAAAUAAUAAUCCAACAGGUUUAUCUGAAUAUUUAAUCCAUACAUGAUUUAACAAGUUCUUUACAAAGUUUCUUUUAUCGGUCGAUAAAUCAGAGCAGAUCGUUUGGUUUACAGCUGAAGAGUUUACACGUGUGUUUGAUUCCAGGAUGAAGAAAUAUUCUUUCAGAUUUUCUGUUUGUUUCGAUGUUGAACUUUCAGUCUGAAUAAAUUUCUGUAAAGAUUCAAA